ACCACGCCACAACCAGGGUCAAAUAGCGAGCCGUGAAGUGCGGGCUUCUUGGAGCAUGUUCUCGUUUCGAGGGCAAUCUGUUUAGCCAGCACUGCUCAAUACGCAGCACUCUACAUGCCAGGGGCAAAGCUGGGUUGUAAUGAUGAGCUUGUUUGAAGUUUUACCGCUACAUCAUAACAGAGAGUACAACGAAGAAUGUGCUAAUCUUCUAAACUCAGAAUGGGCUCGAAGCAUGCAAGCAAGGUUGCACAGUUUAGAAAAAUCUUGUGAUGAACUGCCUUUGUCCCUGGUGCUCAUUGCCAAAGACUCAACAGGAAAGACAGAAGUUUUAGGCCACAGCAAAAUAUCUCCAGUUGUAGGGAGAAAAGAUGCUUGUUUCAUUGAAUCAGUUGUUGUUGCAAAAGCCAGAAGAGGGCAAGGACUUGGAAGAAAAAUAAUGGAAGGUACAGAGGAAUAUGCAAAAAAUCAUGGCAUCAAAACUACUUACCUAACUACUCAUGAUAAACAAGAUUUCUAUGAGCAUCUUGGCUAUGAAUUUUGUGAGCCCAUUUGUGCAUUUACAGGAGGAUCAGGGCUUCUCAGUGAGGACUCCCCACUGUUUCAAGCUUUACAAAAGAAUACAAAAGACAUGUCAAUAAAAGAACAAGUUAAAUCCAAGACAAAAAACUGUGUAGAAGACAGAAGUCACAAGGAAGGGAAGGUUCAGAAUACUCCACAGACAUUGUCUACAGUCUCUCCAGCUCCCCCUCCCCCUCCGCCUCCACCACUGCCUCCGCCCCCUCCUCCACCGACAUCUUCCAGUCCUUCAGGUCAACAGAAAUUGGAUGACUCAAACAUCUCCUGGAUGUGUAAACAGCUGACUAGUAUGUAAUAUUUAUAAGAAAUAUAUGUGAGAUAAGCCGUCCAUUUUAUGCCAGUUAUUUUUAUACAACAUAUGCAUGUGUAUGUACCCGUAUCAUCACUAUGUUUCAGAUUGCAUGACAAUUUCUGCAAAUAUGUGAAGGGAUAGUAACUGCAGUGUUUAUUAUUGAACAGUGGCAGUUUUGAUACUGAUUUUAUCAUACAUUUGAAAAAAAAAAUCAUAUUUUAAGUUCUCAUGAAAAAUAUGGUUAGUUCAGUGGUUGUGAAAAAUCUUUGUGUAACAGUUUUGAAUAGAGCUUUCUCCAAACAAAAUGAAUAGAAUGAAUAUAUGAAUUAAGAUUAGGUCAUCUGUAGACACUGAUGCUUUUUGAUGCAUGUACUGCUUAUACAAGGUUUAUAGAUGUGUGGUUAAGGUGAGGGCAAUGGAAAAUAGUCCAUUUAUUUUUCCUUUCCCAGUAUGUGCUCCUCAGAGCCCAAUCACCAUAUGUUUAGAAACAAUUUAUUUCAAAUUUAAAGUUAAGAAUUGGUGUGAAAACAGUAAUUGGCUUCUUAAGGGGACAAUUUCCUGAAGUGUGCUUUAACAUUAAAAUUUAAAGGUUUUGAGCCAUCUGGUGAUUGCCCACCCAGGCUUUGUGAACAUAGUGGCUGUUUGUAAACUUAAACUUUCAGUUUGUGAGCAUUCUGGGUUGAUAAAAAGCACCCAUAUUUAUGCAGCUAGCAACCUGGAAGUAAGCUGGCCAAAUUGCUCUUUGAUGUGUUACUCAAGAUCACUUAUUGUAAUUGAGAAAUAAGGGCAAUUAUCUUUUAUGAGGCCUACCACAAGAUGUUGGAUGUCAGUUACAUGCCUGAAUCAUGAUGGAUUUGUUGGAAUUAAGCUUAGGUAUAAUCAUACCAACUGCAUAUUCUGGAGCUAAUUCCCUACAGAUUUCCCUUAAAAUACCAGUCUCCCCAACAUACAAUCUGCUCAGUUAUUGAGCCACUAGAAUGAAUGAGAGAUCCAAUGAACUCAGAAUACUCCUUGGUGUAAUCAGUUUCCAUUUUCAAUUGUGAAGCUAUUUCAACCAACACGGAACAGCAAAUUCUUUGCUUCUUGUCAUAAUGGGGUCCUCUUUUCUGAAUGGUAAAAGCAUUUCUUAGUAGCUGUCAUCUGUUUCAUGAAUCCCCCCCCCCUCUCAAGUUGAUGAAUAAAGUGACAAUCUUCUUGUGAUGGUCAAAUGAAUUUAGCCUCUGGUCAUUAAGUUCAAACAUUUGUAACACACGAUUUGGAAUGAAAAUUUCCUUGAUAUGGUUGAGGAAGCAGAACAUUACUCAGGGUUUCCACUAGAUUUUGCACAAAAGGGUCAUUUUGACCCCCACUUUUUAAAAAUGGGGGUCAUUUUCAAAAGUUAGGGGUAAAGAAUUUAUAAGUUUAAAAUAACGUGUUGUUAACACAUGCUCAGAAAAACUUGCUAAAUUCAUAUUCCUGUGAACAUGGGGCACUCUGCCACCAGACCAUCCCUGUCAAUGACAGACCUUAUCAUGUGAAAGCUGUAGGUGACCAGGGUCAUUUAAAGAAUGUCACUAAUGGAACUUUCUGACCUUUACUGACAUUUGCAAAAAACAAAAAGAUAAUAUUUCACUGAGGACUGAGAUAAAUGUGCAUCAAAUGGAUUCAAUACAUAUUAAAUUGGGGGUCAAUUUUGAUAAAAUAGCAUCAGGGAUGCACAAAAAUUGCACUAACGGGAACCCUGAAAUUUACUUUCUCACCACACCUCACUACACUAGUUCACUGAUGUUGUCAAAUCUGAGGACCCCAGACAGGUCAUUAUACAGUGACUGGCAGCUAUGGAAUCAACUUCAUCAGAUUAGAUUGUUCCCUUUCCCACUAUGCAUAUUCUGGCCCAAAAACCUUGCAAUUAGAGUAGUUUCUGCUGACAAAUACCAGUCUCCCCAACAUACAAUCUACUCAAGUUGACUGUAUAUACGUACUCAUAUGUUAAUGCGCAAAGAUAUUGAGUCACUAAUAAGAUUAACUUAAAAGACAAGCAUUAACUUGCAAAAAUCCUGAGUAUCAUUGUUAAUAUUAUCUGUAUUCAAAUUUAAUUUGGAUUAUUGAUGCUAUAGUAGAGGAAAGCAGUGAUUUAACUCUGAUGUCUGAAUUUGUCUCAAACAGUUCGAUAUCUGCUACAAAGCAUAUCUAUUUAUGGCAUAUUCUUUAUACUGUGUUUUCUUUGAUUGGUGGAUUUGUUUUUCAAACACAAACACACUAAUCCUAUUUUUUUUCUGCAGUGUAAUUUCUAUUGACUGGCUUCUUUUGUAUGUAUCUGUCACACUACAUCUUGAUAUCUUUUAUUGUCCUUUGCUUCAGAGGACACACAAACUUAACACUUGAUGCUGCAAUACAUAGUCUUUUAUUUAAUUGCUCUCAGAACUCCAAUAAGAACUGUUGGUUAGGACUUAUAAAUUUUAGUACUUUACUAAUUCUCAUAAAUGGUCAUCUCAUUGCCAUGGAAUUGAUGUUUUUAUCUCAUAUGACAGAUGCAUACCUCUGUGUCAUUGCAGACAACACUGCCGAAUCAUCAGGUGGUUGUACUCCUUCUUAGCAACUGCUUCCUUCCUGAUGCCCAAGUCAGUCUGUGGACUCUAAAAUAGUAUUUGUUUGCAUAUGCCUCUUAUGAUGGACAUAGAGAGAGUCUCUGUAGUAGUGUGUGUGGCCUUGUAUAUUCAUAAGGCUGUGAUGAGGCCAACCCUAUACUGACCCCACUUCACAGACUUCGCUUGCUCAUGUGUUACGCUUACCACAUAUGAUGCCUGUGAUGGGGUCACAUUAAUGUCCACACUGUCUGCAUGUGCCAGUACUUCUUCAUAUGAGGCAUCCCUCAAACUAUCAUUCCUGACUGACUUAAGGUCAACUGGCCAAUCACCUUCCAGUGACAGACAGGACAACAGCAGUUAAUUUUUCAACAGCACACUGUAGACUGCUUCAAUCUCACGUUUUGUGGGUGACGGUAUAUUAUUUGGGUCCUUUAUGGGAUGAACAAGUGCCAAACAAUCCCUCCACUUUUUAUUUGCUGACUGUAAGUCUAACUCUCAAAUUCGUUUGUAUGGAUGUUCCAACUACAAGAAGAAAAUAAAAAAGAUCUUUAAAAUACUAGCAAUAACACAUGUACAUUUUUCAUAUGGACAUUGGAGUAAAAUGAUAAUUAACCAUGCCUAAAAGAAAUUUCACACACAAAUUAUAUUCAUAACAUCUGUUUGAUGCAGAUUUAAUCAUAUUUAAUAUAGUAAUGCUACUUUGGCAAUGCCUUUUUAUGGUCCUCUUCUAAGUCUUAAAUCCUGUAGUAUAUUGCCCUGUGGGUGAGGGAUACUUUUUUUUUUAUAUACCAAAUACAGGAUGGAAUAACUCUACGGUUACCAAGAGUUGGUCUGUUAUUCUGCCAUAUUAUAUAAAUGCAUUAUGCAUUGUGCCUCAUCGCAGCAUUGUCCUCUUUUCCUGGCUGCCUGUCUUCAUUUUGAAAACCUAGAAUGUCCCCCUUGGCCACCCUAAUUAUUCCCAGGUGGAACUCGUCUGUUAUAUCCAACUUAAUAACAUAUGAAUAAAAAUGCACAGAAAUGUCCAUCACACUUGUGUAGUAAAGCCCGCCGCACACAGAACAAUUUUUUGUUGGCUGAUCGGUCGUCCUGGAUGAGAUCAGCGCACACACACACGACAAGCUGUCGCAACGAAGCGCCAAGUGGUGUGGUGAAAGUGACGUAUCUCGUCCGCGAGGUGGGGUGUUGUUUCAAAAUGGCUGUAAUUUCGCUGAAAAAUAAAAAAAAAACUAAUACUAAUAGAAAAUUAUAGGGCCUUCAAACAUACUGACCGGUCAUACCGACUUCCUUUGCUAUGUCGAACCAAGCUGCUGCCUUUUUCACUCGGUUUCCAACUCGUGACCAAAAUGCCCUCUUUUUCAAUGGACCACUCACCAUUCAAAAUUUCUUCACCUGUACUUUCCUCACGGCUAUCACUGGGGGCAUCCAUAUUGAAUUCUGGCAUGGGCACGUGAUAUCAGAUGGCGCAACCAUUGGCUGAAGAUAAUGAUCAGCCCGACAAAUUGUCGUAGGAAAGCGCACACACUACGGUACGACGUUUAAAAAUCAAACAUGUUUGAUUCUCUCCCGACUAGUUGAAAAGUUGUCAUGGAGCAGCGCAGACGGGCCGAUAUUUUGUCGUAAGUGUGUCGGCCGACGAAAAAUCGUUUUGUGUGCAGCAGGCUUAAGCAAUUGCUGCUCUACACAAUAUGUCCUGUGUCAAAACCCAUAUAUUUCACUGUAGGUGAGGGAUACUUGUACCACACACAGCAUGAUGGGAUGAUUUGACUCUAUGGUCACCAUGAGUUAGCCUGUUAUACUGCCGCAUUAUAUAACUGCGGUAGGCAUUGUGCCUUAUCGCAGCAUUG